GAUAUUUCAGGAUUUGUUUCAAGGUUUUGUUUAGCACUGUGCUUUUGCUGGAUGUGCAGCUUUGCAGGCCAGACAUAAACUAAGGAUCUUCAGACACAGAAAUGGCAUCUACAAUGACACAAGCAGUUUCAGAGCUCUCUGUGCCGGUCCCAUGGGGAGAGGUCAAAGGUAAAGCCUGGGGUCCUGAUCACGGUCGUCCUGUGCUGUGCCUGCACGGCUGGGCUGACAACUGUGGUUCAUUCAACACCCUCAUUCCCCUUUUACCAAAAGAGUACAGAUAUGUUGCGGUGGACCUGGCAGGUCACGGUUUGUCCUCCCAUCGUCCUCCUGGAGUUUUCUACUCUUUCCUCGCGUACGUGGCGGACAUUCGCAGAGUCGUUGAGGGUCUCCGGUGGACAAAGUUCUCCAUCAUAGGCCACAGUAUGGGAGGUAACAUCGCUGGAAUGUUCAGCGCUCUGUAUCCUGAGAUGGUGGAUGCCAUCGUACUGCUGGACUGUUUGGGAUUUUUAACUACAGAUCUGAAAGAAAUACCCAAAGUGGUGCGUCAGGGGAUGGAUGAGAUGCUUGAGUAUGAAAAAAAGACAGAAGAGAACAAAAGGGUUUACACCUAUGCGAAGGCAGCUGAGAGGCUGUCGGCUGCAAACCCGACUCUGUCUGAACAGUCUGUGCACAUCCUUUUAGAGCGAGGUCUUGUUCAAAUUGAAGGAGGAUUUGUGUUCUCCAGAGACAUGCGACUUAAUUUUAAAAACAUAGUGCGCAUCAGUGUGGAGCAGAGUCUGGAGAUGCAGUCGAGGAUUCAAGCCUCUGUUCUAGUUGUUCUAGCAGACAAAGGCUUUGCUGCAGCAUUUCAAGAAUCGAAACAACAGAAAAUUGCCUCUACACUUCUCCAAGGAUAUCGAGACAGAAAUCACACGGUGGUGAAAGUACCGGGCGAUCAUCACAUCCAUCUGAAUAGUCCUGAAGUCGUCGCUCCUCUUGUUUCUGACUUCCUGCAGAACAAAGUGCUCUCACAGCAGCUGCAAGCAUAGUGGAUAGACACACACAACCAAUAUAACCAGCAGACACACACACACACACACACACACCAAAACUCAUUUUCAUUAUGAAAUGCCUCUCUUCAUGUCUCAGCACACUGUUCUCACCUCUCUCAGAGAAGUCAUUAACAUAAUACUGUUUUUCUGGCCUGAUCUGUCACUAUUUGAACAAUACUAUACAUUUCUUCAGUGACUUGGAAUAAUCUGAAUGUGCAAACCUCCACUGAAUCCAUUAUUGAUGAAAUUGCUGCUGACUUCAGUUCACACCAGUUUCUAAAAAUGUUUGCAUUAUUUAAUUGUGUUUAGUUGUCAUAAUUCCAAAGAUUGCAGGUGCUGAUUGCCUGUUUCCUUGUUUGUUCAUAUAAUGAUUUUUUCUUAAGUCACUCAGUGUCUCCAUCUUGAUGAAGUCUGGUGGACUGAGAAAACACCAGGGACAAUUAAUUAAUCUUUCCAAAACCCAAGUUACACAGUGCUUCAGUCAAGGCAGCAAAUUAGAAUCAACAAAUUAUAAAAUCUGUUCAAACAAAUGACAUUAUAUGGUAAAAUAAAUUAAAGCCAAUUCUUGUAAUAUUAGAUAAAAUACAAUAGUUCCUGGUUCCAUCCCUGUCAAAGUGUCAUAUGUUGCACUGUAUAAAUAUAUUACCAUGUUGUUUGAGAAAACCUGAGCCAAAUGAGCGUGAAACGUAUGUAAAAGGUCUAAAUGAAUAAAAUCCUGCAUUGU